AUGAGAACAGACGAGGUUCGCGAUGAACAAAGAAAUUUCUUGAGGAAUAGCGCCGGCGAACUUCUUUAUGAAGGAACUGGACACCUCUGGUCAGUUCUACCGACUAUUGAGGAUGUAUUAGAAAAUACGGGCAAUGGUGAUUUUCGGGCGAAAAUAUAUUCGGAUGGAAUCCAAGACUCGCUGUUUUCUAUUAAUUCACCAACGACUCGUCCAUUAUCUGAGCUUCCAAUCGUUUGUUAA